UCGACAUGGGAAAAUGCGAUUAAAGAAAUGGUAUCAAUACUUUUCGGAUAAAGAUAAAACAACUCUUACUAAUGACUUAACCACACUAAUAUUAUCUCGAAAACGAAAUAUGUGUAAUGUAUUGGAACAUGGUCAACAUAAGGUGAUAUAUAAAAGAUAUGCAAGUCUUUAUUUUGCAGCUGGUAUAGAUUGGGAUGAGAAUGAAUUAUAUGUAUUAGAAGCAAUUCAUCGUUAUGUACAAGUUCUUGAUGAAUUUUUUGGAAAUGUUUGUGAAUUAGAUAUUAUUUACAAUUUUGAUAAGGCUUAUUAUAUUUUAGAUGAAUUAUUUAUAGGUAAAUAA